UUUCGUCGUAGAGAGAGAUGCAAACAUGGCGACGCUGGCGGAGAAAUCAACGAAGGAGCGUCUUCUUUCUGUUCUGGACGACUUGGAGGUUUUAUCCCGGGAGCUGAUCGAGAUGCUGGCUCUGUCCAGAAGUCAGAAACUCCCUCAGCCAGGAGAAGACACGCAGAUCUUGGAGCUGCUCGUGCAGAGGGACAAGGAGUUCCAGGAGCUGAUGGAGGUGGCGCAGCAGCAGGGGAAGGUCCACCAGGAGAUGCAAGUGCUGGAGAAGGAGGUGGAGAAGAGGGACAGCGACAUCCAGCAGCUGCAGAAACAGCUGAAGGAGGCCGAACACAUCCUGGCCACGGCUGUUUACCAGGCUAAAGAGAAGCUGAAAUCCAUCGAGAAGGCCAGAAAAGGAAGCAUAUCUUCCGAAGAAAUCAUCAAGUACGCUCACCGAAUCAGCGCCAGUAACGCCGUGUGCGCGCCGCUCAACUGGGUGCCGGGUGACCCGCGCAGACCGUACCCUACUGACCUGGAGAUGCGCAGCGGGAUGCUGGGACACAUGGCCAACCUGCCGUCCAACGGGAUGAACGGACAUCUGCCAGGAGACGCUCUGGCUGCAGGACGGCUACCCGACGUUCUGACGCCUCACUACCCCUGGCAGCCCUCAGACGUCUCAGUGGGGAUGCUCCCUCCUCACCAUGGAAACGACUUCGGCCUGGAGCCGCCGGGUCACAACAAGGAGAACGAGGACGACGUGGAGGCCAUGUCCACAGAUUCGUCCAGCAGCAGCAGUGACUCAGACUGAAACAAAGACACUGUGUGUGUGUGUGUGUGUGUGUGUGUGUGUGUGUGUGUGUGUGUGUGUGUGUGUGUGCGUGUGUGUGUGUGUGUGUGUGUGUGUGUGAUGUUAGACAUACAUUUUCUUGAACAUAUAUUUUCUCACGAGGUUUUUUAACACCCGACCUAAUGUGUGAAUCAUUUCCGGAAAGGUGAGGUUAUGAAGCGCCGCUCGUUUCCACGCUGUGAAAUGCUGUAAACCUUUAACCCACUUUGUGUCUGUCGCCACGGUGAUGCUGGUUUUUAGUUCACAUUCACAAUAUUAGAUUGUGCACCACAAGCUGCACAAAGUAUUUCUUCCUUCAAGUCUACUGGCAGUAAAUGUCUCUACUGAAGACAUUUAAAAACAAAAAGCAAAACAAAAACAGGUACUCAAAAACGUCAGCAGUAGAUCAAAUCAAAAAUUCUUCACAGUUUUUUUUUUUUUCGCUCUUUGUUGAGUUUUAACUAGCACACCCUGACUGAUACCUUCAUCUAUCUUGUUUCUGUUUCAAUUUUAAUCCCAGAUAAUUCACAUGAUCCUUCAGUUUAAAAGCUAAGCAGUUUCUCUACAUUGAAAUGAACUUGCACGAACACAGUGCCAUCUAGUGUUCAAAUGGAAUAACUCUUAAAUACUCAGCAUAUAUAGAAGUCGAGAAGAAGUAAAAUGUUCUAAACCUGUGCACAAAAAUGCAACAGAUUCUUUGCUAUCUUUUAUUUAGAUAACAAAGAUGAAGCCAAAUUAAACCAAACUAGGAACUAUGAAUGCAUUAGCAGCAGUCUGUAGUUUUCUGUUAGAUUUUUUCUCUCACAUUGUUGCUUUCUAUCGUCUCCUCACUGAAUGGAGGCUUGACGACCUCAGUUUUUGCCUCGAGCUCUUUCCAUUGUUCUGUGAUAAAUUAGCCUUGUGCUAAACGACUAAAAUGGCUGCCACUUGUCUGUUUACACCACACUGAAAGCCUGAGCUCAACUGUACCAAAAAAAAGUGAAGUGAAGUGAAAAUGUUCCUCUCACUUUACUUCUGAUUACACAUGAAGCUUUUUGUAAAGAUUAAACAGGAUAUAAGUUGCUGAAUUUCUUAUUUUUAUUUUUUAAUUCCCUAUGAUUUUGACUGGAACCAGCACACGUGUCCACUUAAACAAAACCCGUUCAAAAAGAACAGAAAGUUUCCCAAUGUUCUGGUCAAACUCCAGUAGCAACAGGUUACUGAAAUAAGACAAUGUUGAUGAUUUGGUUUUUUUUAAACAGCUGUAAUUGGUUUAAUGUAACCCUGCAUAACAAAACUCAGAGUAUUUAAUGGUCUGUCUCUCCUCUCUGUGUGAUUCACUGAGUUUUUGUGUUGCAUAACUCUGAUGGUUGCGUGUGGUACAAUAUGUAAAUAAGCUUGUAUAUACUUGUAAAUAAAUCAUUUUUGAAUAGA